UGAAAUCUUGGCGACGCCAUGCUACUCGUAUGUCCACAACCCACAACGCCGAAAACAGAGGUGCAUGAGAGAAGGAAUGAGUUAGUUGGAGUAGAGAGACAUUAUCGCAAGUGGUACAAAGCUGCCAGACAUCUAAUAGAUCUACCGGUGCUUGUGGACCGGGCCAGCAUCUUUGCAAUUGCUGGAUAAGAUUCUACCCCAUCUUCACCCCCCACAUCGCCUUUCGAUAGGUGUUCGCAUCGAGUCGAGUCAUUUCUUCUUCGCAGUCAGCCCCAUCAUGCCUCGCCGGGGACGAUCUCGACCUGGCUCCUACCUUCCAUCUCAACAGUUUAAUGCGGUAGAUGAACAUACGGAUGGAUGUGCACGGUUUUGUCAGUUCCUACUGUUUUGCGCCAUCUCGGCAGCAGUUGCCAUGGGAGUACUAGCGGUCUUUAGCUGCGAGUUUCUGAUAUACCUCAAGCCACUGGAUCAACAGGUGGAUUCGUCUUCUACUGCCACUACCUACACUGGGAAUACCGGUAGAAAUGGAACUUUGGCGUGGGUUCUACAAGUGAACAACAGAACAAACGCUACCGGUGGUACUCCAAAUUCGCCCACGGGAAGUCUCGAAGCGGAUCAGGCUGGUCUAGGCAUAUGGCGAUACAAAUACCACAUCGAAGACGAGAUUUGCUACUGGUACGAUGAAGACGAUCCACGCGAUAAAUCACUGGAACUACGUGUGGCGCAAUGGGGAUCCAGUUUGUCUCUUGGAUUUUCUGGUCUGGCCAUGUUUUUCCUCAUGGUGGAAUUCUGCUGUUGUCGGUUUCCAUGUUCGCGGGUGAUUGCCCACCUGUGCUUUGCCUUGGCAGCAGCAUCUCUGCCAGGCUGCUUCCUUGCCUUUUCUCACAACGAAUGCAAACUCUUUAGCAACAAUGCAUAUGCUUGUGAUAUUGGAACGGGGGCCAUCUAUAUGGUUAUCAUGUUCUUCUUGCUGCUUCUCUGUUUGUGUUUGUCUUGCAUGACACCCAAGUCAACUCCACUCUGUAAAGUUGUGCAACAAAGAGAGCAAGAAAGUGAACAGGAUCCAUGUAUAUGUGGUUGUUGUAAAGGCUGUUCCAAACGUACCAAGGAAGAUAUUUAUGAAGACAAUCCAGAGCUCUUGUUGGCAGAGUUGCCUUCGGAAACCGUGGAAGUGCCGGCUGGAGACCGUGCUGGGACGCACACGUACAAGCACUACUAUGACGAUCAACUCGGUGGUAUCACCUUGCAGAGUCAGUAUGCCGCUGCUACUCAACGAUGGCUGACUUGCGAACGCGAUUAUCAAACCAUGUUGGAUCGAUUCAAAAAUGAAUGUACCGAGCUGCAACAAGAUAGUGCACUCUUUACACAACGAAAGCAAAAACUGGAUGACAGUGGAAUCGCAAAAAAGCUGGAUGACUACUACGAUGAUGAGGAGGACAUGGACAAAUUCCGGGCGUCCGAAAUGCAACAAAACGCUGAUUGGAGGUACAUAUUGACACUCCCGCCCAACGAAAUUGUCGACCCAGAAUUGGCUCGAUUGGCGCUGGUCCUUAGUUCCAUGAGAGAAAACAGUCGGCAAGCCAAGAGUAUCAUGGAACGAAUUGAGCAGGACUUGGAAGAACACAUCAAAUCACCAGAAGAAAAGGUCAAUGCGGCGUUGAUGGAAAUUGAAAUGAAGAAGAGUCAACGGGCACAUGAAAAGGCCAAAAAGUCAAACAAUGUGGAGGCACAGCAGGACGGAGAUGGCUCUCAUGAUGUCGCCAGCGUAACAGAAAAGCAUGCCAACACGACAACACCAUUGGAAGAUGACAGCCACCUGAAUGGCGGAAAUGACGUUCGUGGUAGCAGAAGCAACCACGUAUCCGAGCCACUGUUGCUCACGACUGCCGUCAUGUCCGACGACGAAAUGAUGGAUCAGAUUGAGGCACGUGUAAAGUUACCAACCUCGGGACCAUCUUCGGAUGUUUUCGUCAGCACUAUCACGCCGCGAUCCCCAUCCGAGGAAAUCGUGUUUGAAGAACCAGAGUUAGCGUUUAUGGACGCGGAACAGAUGGUCGACCAGAAGCCUCAUAGCUGGAUUCCAUUCGGAUGGGGUGACUCGCGAGACGAGGCUGACAAGAAGUACUCAUGAGUGAGAAGUGGGCGAAUGAAAGGCUUGGCUCUCUCGUUGUCUGGCUUUGUUGGAAAAUCCAUUGGGGCCAAGACUGCCUCUGAUUGAUAGUUUCUUUUUCAUUUUCUCUGGAAACUAAAAAGCCAAUACAUGUCUUGGAAGAACGAGGGUACCUGGUACCUGGUGAAACUAAGAGUGGAUCUGUGACGACAAAUCCACUACAUUUGGAUCCAGACGGCUCCCACUGGAUCAAUCAGAUGAAGUUGGUCAACAAUUGAAAGAUCCAGCGCCGUGAAUAUCUUACCGCAGCAUCAUGAAGAAACGCAAUUAACAAGAACGGGACACCAAGGGUCCCAGUAUUGGUUUCAUCUCAUUAUAAAAUUGCGUAUUUGUGUUCAGCGAGUCACGUAAAAUGAAUAACUACUCGAUUGCACAU